UCCCAUCACCAAGAUGUCCGGGUGCUGCGGCGGUGGCAAUAAUUACACUGUGUGCUGCUACAGCAGCCCCAAGUGCUGCAAGAGGCCCAUGUGCUGCAGCCCCAUGCAGUGCUGCAGCCCCUGCUGCACCCCCUGCUGCAUGCCCAUGCAGUCCUGCUGCAUGCCCAUGUCCUGCUGCUACACCAUGAGCAGCAACAACAACGGCUGCUGCGGCGGCAACAACGGCGGCUGCUGCGGCGGCAACUGAGCCCAGCCUGGCUGAUUCCCUCUUGGAUACGGAUGUGGAUAUGGAAAACACCCCAAUUCUCCCCCUCCCGUGCUUAGAGACUCCUCUUCUCCUCCUGCCUUCCCUCGCCUCUUGUUUGUGAUGUGCCCUGAAGCCGCCGCCCAGCGAGUUCCUCCCGCGAGCGCCGGCCCUGCUCUUUGUUUUUCCUCUUGGUGUGUGGGAUGUUCCGCUCUUUUCGUCGCUCUUCUGCUCCAAUCUGUCUGA